CCCCCUUUACAUUACAGUGCACAGAAUCCCCCUUUACAUUACAGUGCACAGAGUCCCCCUUUACAUCACAGUCACCCUUUUGCAUCUCAACUCCCAGAUUUCCCUUUCACUGUAUGGGUUAACCAACAUAAUCUGAUUGAAGCGAGACCUCAAGAUACUCAGACAUAAGGGAUGCUCUGUGAACCAUGAUCUAAGGGGGAAACCGAGAUCUCUGAUGUACGGAGAGGACUCCAAUGUGAGAACUCUGAUUUAUCCUAGUGUACUCACCAAGAGGCAGGAUAGAGAAAGGGGGUGGGUGCUUCUGUUAGACAGCGAUGGAGGGUGAGCUCACUCACCCCUUGGCAGAUAGCACAUCUCAUCCUGGUAUAUCUGUGGCUGCUGGGUUGUAAGUUUUCAUCCCCUGCAGCCAUUAACCCUGCCGGAAAUCCAUAUUCUGGUCAGAAAAAUCUGUCAGAGUGUCAGGCAGUCUGAAACCCGGACACAUGAUUCCAAACCCGAACUGUUCUGGCGAAUCCCGGAAAGGUGGCAACCCUAGUACCAAUCCAUUGCCAAUUUUUAAUUUCAUUUUCCUUUACAGCUUUGAUGAGUUGCUGGAAUUGUUGAUCAACAGAUUGCAGAGGAUGGACACCUACUUCCGCAACUGUCUCCCCCCUGUGGAGCGACUUAUCAUAACACUGAGGUAUCUAUCAACUGGACAAUCGAUUGCAAGUCUGCAUUACUCGUUUCGUAUUGGAAGAUCUACUGCCAGUUAUAUAAUUCGGGACACCUGCAGUGCCAUUUGGGAAGUCCUGAAACCCAUUGUGUUUAAAAAAACGGCAGCAGAGGACUGGGAAAAAAUUUCCCAAGUAUUCUGGGAACGCUGUAACUUUCCGAAUUGUCUAGGAGCGAUCGAUGGGAAACACAUCAGGAUUGUUAAGCCCAUGGCUAGUGGGAGCCAGUAUUUCAAUUAUAAGAAAUACUUUUCAUUCGUCUUAAUGGCUGUGGCUGAUGCCAAUUAUUGCUUUACCUAUAUUGACAUUGGUUCCUAUGGAAGUAGUGCAGACUCUGCGAUUUUUGGGAACUCCUCUUUUGGGCAAUUACUUCGAACAGAUGGUCUGGACCUUCCACAAAAUAGUCCACUCCCGGGCACAAACGGCCCUCCCCUACCAAGUGUCUUUGUGGGUGAUGAGGCUUUUGCUCUGAACACACACCUACUUCGGCCUUAUUCAGGACAUAAUCUGAACGAAGACAAACGCAUAUUCAACUACCGGCUUAGCAGAGCACGCCGCGUAGUUGAGUGUGCUUUUGGAAUUUUGGUGAACAAGUGGAGGGUUCUCCACACACCGAUUGUGCUCAACAUGCAAAAUGCCAUUAGUGCUGUAGAAGCGGCGUGUGCCUUGCACAAUUUUGUCAGGCAGCGCGAUGGUCUAGAUUACGAGGAGCCAGUCCAUGAGUCUCUGGAAAGAGCUCAUUGGACUGGUGUACGUGGGAACACACAGGGGACACAUGUCCGUGAACAGUAUGCGGCAUACUUUGUCUCUCCUGAAGGGCAGGUCCCUUGGCAGCUCAAUUCCAUUUAAUUUAUUGAACUUUUCAGCUUUUGACACGCUUAUUUUGUGAAAUAUAAUCUUUACUAUGCUGUUUUGUGGAAAAAAAAUAAAAAAUGAUUCAUGUUUUAA